GGCGCCCGGGGCACCAAGGAGCGGAGCCGGGGGAAGACGGCUGCCUAGGGAGCGGCGAGGGGACGGCCCUCCGGGGGAGCGAUGCCCUCGCCGCCCCAGCCCGACCCCGCCGCCGCCGCCGGGACGCCGCCUUGCCCGGGGGCGCCCACCGCCCAUGGGAUGUAGCCGCGUCGGGCCUCUGGGGGGGCUUCCGCGCGCCCCGCUCGCCCUGGCCAUGCUACUCCUCUGCACCUACUUCUUCUACUGCCUGACCGGCCCCUGCCAGCCCCUCCGACGGCCAGGACCGCCCGGCUGGCCCCCCCAGGCUCCCCGGGCGCCUCUCUUCCCCCAGCGCCCUCCCGAGACCCCCGGCGGGGAGGAGGAGGAGGAAGAAGAGGAGGAAGACGAAGCCGCCGCCGCCGCCGUUGCAUCCGGACCCGAGGAGGACGCCGCGGUCCCCGAUGCUCCGGCCGGGGCUCUGCCAGUGGCCAGUGGCUUCGGCCAGAAGAAGUUCCCGCAAGCCAUCAUCGUCGGCGUGAAGAAAGGCGGGACUCGCGCACUGCUCGAGUUCCUCCGCGUCCACCCGGACGUGCGAGCCGUCGGGGCCGAGCCGCACUUCUUCGAUCGCUGCUACGAGAAGGGGCUGCUCUGGUACAGAAACUUGAUGCCAAGGACCUUGGAUGGACAGAUCACCAUGGAGAAAACGCCGAGUUAUUUUGUAACCAAGGAAGCCCCGCGACGCAUUUACAAUAUGUCCAGAGACACCAAGUUGAUCGUGGUGGUUCGCAACCCCGUGACCCGGGCCAUUUCUGACUACACACAGACCCUUUCCAAGAACCCUACCAUCCCCAGCUUCCAAAACUUGGCCUUCAAGAACCUGAGCAUGGGCCUCAUUGAUACCACGUGGAGCGCGGUCAGGAUUGGCCUUUAUGUGAAACAUCUGGACCACUGGUUGCGUUACUUCCCUCUUUCCAAAUUCCUCUUCGUCAGCGGAGAGAGGUUGGUGAGCGACCCGGCCGGGGAAAUGGGCCGCGUCCAAGACUUCCUGGGCCUCAAGCGCGUGGUGACGGACAAGCACUUCUACUUCAAUGAAACCAAGGGCUUCCCUUGCUUGAAGAAACCGGAAGGGAGCAGUAGGCCCCGGUGUUUGGGGAAGUCCAAAGGACGGCCGCACCCCAAAAUCGACCUGCAGGUUGUCCAACGCCUGCAGGAAUUCUACAGACCGUUCAAUUUAAAGUUCUAUCAAAUGACAGGGCAGGACUUUGGGUGGGACUGAGAGAUCUCCUGGCACCGCCAAGGAGGCAGAGGGAGUGCGGUGGGAGCAAACGGGAGGCCUUCUCCAAGGUCUCGUGAAGUACAUAACUUCUCCCAGAAAACCUAUCGGGCGAACGGUGCAUCUGAAAUGGCAAACAUCAGAGGAACGUUUUCUGACCCCUUACUAAUUUAUAUAAUUUCCUUCCAAGAAGAGAGGACGGUUAUGCUUACGGUGUGCAGAGAAAGUCUCUAAGGCCUCCCCACAGCUGAAGAGCAAAGGACGGAAAACAUAGAUUGAUUGAAAUAUUCUGCUUAAAUAAAUCUGUCCAAAAAUGGA